AUGGUGAAUGAGUUCCCAUAUCUGGGGAAGGAUGACAGCAGACCUUCCACGCAACGCCUGGGAGAGAACGUGGUGCUGAAGCUAGUGGAGCCCUAUAUGGGAAAGGGGAGAAACAUCACCAUAGACAAUUUCUUUACCUCUCCCUCACUCGCUAACAAACUCCUUUCCAAGAGCACCAGCCUGGUGGGCACCAUCAACUGUAACAAGCGGGAGCUGCCGCUGUCUGUGCAGGGGAGAGCGGAGCUGUUCAGCAUCAAGGUGCUAAAGAGCGAGAGGGCCACACUGACUGUGUACCAGUGCAAGCCAAGGAGAAAUGUGAGCAUCCUCAGCACUCAGCAUCAACAUGUGGCCAUCGCAACCAACGCCAAGAAGAAGCCUGAAACGGUCACCUACUACAACAGCACAAAAGUCGGGGUGGAGGUACUUGAUAAAAUGGCACGGCAGUACUCCGUGAAAGGCGGCACGUGCAGAUGGCCCGUUGCUGUAUUUUAUAACAUCCUCGAGCUGGCUGCCAUCAAUGCCUGUGUCCUGUACAGGAGCUGCACCAAAGACAACAUCCACAGAAGGGACUUUAUACUUCAGCUGGCUCAGGAGCUGGUGCCGAGUUCAUGGCAUCAAAACAGGCACCACACAUGGACGUGCCCAUUCCCAUUCCCAUUGUCGGAACAGCGGAAGAGAAUGACGUGCGUAGUGAAAGCACAGUGCAAACAGAACAAAACUUUCACCAAGUGUCUGAAAUUCCAGAAAGCAGUAUGUGGAAAGUGUGCCCUCAUGGUUUUGAGUGUUUGCGACUGUGGGGCCAAGUGA